CCGAAAGCUACCCGCACGUCGCGACGGCAGACCCGGACGGACCAGGUCGCAAAUUUGAACAAUUUGUUCGUAUCGCCCGACGCAGUUUUGAGCAUUUUCUCCAAAAUGACCCGACCGGAUACGAACGAUUUGUCCAAAAUCGAUCGCCGUAUUUUGAGAGAUUUACUCAAACUUUCAAAUUGGUGUUUUGAGAGGUUUUCUCAAAACGGGCCGUGAGUCUGGGUUGCUGCAUGAGAACGUUGAAACAGCUCACAAAAGCCCCCUGGGCCCUGGAAAAUAUUUUUGGAGGAUUGCAUCAAUUGGUUGCAUGAAGCACCUUGGAUGGGGACAGAGAUCAAUCCUGUGGUACCAUUCAUGAGCGCCGCGGAUCAGGGAUGCUAGCAGACAAUCAAGGGACAAACAAGCGCUGCGCGUGCGCUUCGCAAGAGCACAAGCAGACGCAGCGGCCAUAGAAAUGUUAGUGAGGACUUAGGCGGGACGUUGGGUCCCUAUACCAUCCGCUUGAAUCAUGAAUGCGGCUACCUCAGUGCGCGCGGUGGCGACACACAUUCUGCAGCAGCCGGCUUUUGCAGGCGCUUCCCUGUGCGACUUCUCCGGCAGUGGCUCGUCCGCCUAUGCUUUCGCCUGCUCUCGUCCUCAAAGUACGCACCCCUCUCCUCAACGACGACUGUACCCCGUCCAACGACUAAACGCGUCCUUGCCACUGCGGUCACAAAGCGGCGAUGCCGACGUCGAGAAGCUGGAACAAGCAAGCAGCGCCGAGCAAACUCCUAGCAGAUGGGGCCAGCUCAGGCGCCAAACGCUCCGGUCGCUGCAGAGAAUCCCCCGCAAACCAGCGCUGGCGUUUCUAGGGUUAGUGGGGGGGUUAGCGACCCCAGUCUUGGUUAGCAGCGGCGGGUGUUCUGGCUCGGGAAAUGGAAAUGGAAGUGGAGAGGGUGAGGGCGGGGGUGGCGGAGAUGGUUUUCAUUGGGACAAGGGACAUGCGCGAGCAGCAACUGCUGAGGAGGAGGAAGAGGAAGAAGAGGAAGAGGAGGAGGAGGAGGAGGAAGUAGAGGUGGAAGAAAAGGGCGCGGUGGUGCCGCUGGGAGGAGAGGAGGAGGAAGACGAAGAUGAGGGAGAGGACGUCCUGGCGGACAUUGCCGCAUUCGACGACAUCAACAAGAAGCGCUCGUGGCCCGCCACCUGGCGCUCCCCGUUCCAGGUCCCCGGCGAGCCGUUCGGCGUCGACCAGCUGCGCAAGACGUACGUCGGGGAGAAGCUCACGCCCGACCUGCAGGACAAGCUGACGUCAGAUUUCCUCGGCAUGUUCGGGGAGUACCUUGAGGGGAUCACUCUCAGCUACGAGCGCAGCAACCGGGACCCUAACUUGAAGGACAACGAGGUGCGGCUGAUUUUCAACUGGCGGGAGCCGGAGCUGCCGCCCAUCCGGGGGCUGCGCGUGGUGGGGACGACCCUGAUCACUGAGGAAAUGAAGCGCGAGAUGCUGAAGGACUUGCAGGAGGAGGUUCCGUUGAACGCGCGCACGCUGGCCAUGUUCAAGGACCGGCUGAAGGCGUCGUUCAAGUCGGCGGGGCUGGAGGCGGGGCUAUACCAGAUGAACUUCGUGGACGGAAACAUCCUGCAAAUGAAGUUCUUCGAGAACCGGAUUGGCAACAUCACGUUCCAGUUUACGGACGAGAAUGGCAAGAUCACCUACAACGAGGACAUUGCCAAGUGCAUGCCGAUCGGAUUCCAGGCGGGUGACGUCAUGAAGUCGUGGGAUGCGCUGGGGCCGCUGCAAGAGGGUAUUUUGGCAAUGGGCGCAUUCUCACGCGUCGGCAUCGGGAUGAAGCCCAUGCGCUCGAAAGGAGAGGGCUCCAAGUGGCUCAACCUCGACGUGCAGUGUGAACUGGCCCAGCAGAAGGCGGUGGACGGGGAACUAGACUGGCAGUUUAUUCCCAACGAGGCCGGGCGGCCCACGCUGUACUCGCUGGAGCCCGGAGGCACGAUCAUGUACCAGCACUCGCACUUUGGGGGCUGGAAUAAGUCCUUCUCCGCCAGCAUCGGAACCUCCAACUUCUUCAGCCCCAUGGAGGACAUCGGCUUCAACCUUAGCUACAAGCACCUGAACGUGUUCGGCCCCAACGAUAAAAAGAACCGCAAACUAGAGGUGGACGCUUUCAACGGGCGCAAGGAGAGCGCGAUCCACACCCCCAGCCCCGCUUUGGAGGGGAUCCCCCACAUCAUGGUCGACAGAGCCGGCGUUAGAGCCACUCUGACCGAGUUCCCCUUCUUCUCCAAGAAGAUCCAGAUCGACUACGGGGCGACGCUCGAGGAGGUCAACUCUCGGGGGGAGGACUACCAGUUUGCGGCGCAGGGCUCCAAGAUUCUGAACAACGGUACCUUCGACGAUCAAGGCCCCCCCACCAGCCUAGGCGUCACGGGGUCCGACAAGCAGCUGUUCUUGCACGGCUCGAUCGAGUACAACAACGUGACGAUGGAGAAGGAGGUGGCGCAGGGAACGCGCGCACUAUUCACGAUGGAGCAAGGCACGUGGAUCGGCACUGAGCACCCGAUGUUCAACCGGUGGACGGCCUCUGCGACGCAGUACUUCAAGCUCGGUCAGCUUCCCAAACUCGACACGCUGGCAUCUCCGAGCGCCGUCGUGCACGCAAAGGCGGGCGACACGAUCGGGGAUCUCGCGCCGUACGAUGCGCACCCGCUUGGGGGCCCGUACACGGUGCGCGCAUAUGGGAUUGGGGACCUUGGGGCAGCCCGGCGAUACCUGGAGCUCGCUACCGAGGUCAAGUAUCCAAUCAAGACCGCCUCUGUUUACGGGUUUGCCGAGUAUGCGACCGACCUGGGGAGCGGGCCGGAAGUACCCGGGAAUCCAAACGAGUACUAUAACCGACGGGGGCACGGACUCGCUUACGGCGCUGGUGUUGAAUGGUGCGGAGCGAAGAUAGAGUACGUCAGGGACUGUCAUAAGAAGUCGGGAUCGGUUGUGCUUCGUCACGGCAACAGAUUCUGAUCCGAGCAAUUCAAAAUUUUGUUAAGGACAAAAAUCCAGAAAAGUCGAGCGGUUGGUGGCAGCACGGAUUGUGGCGUCGCUGUCCACAGUCGCAUCCUUUGUCACUCUGCCAGUCAGCCUUGGCGUCAUUUUCUCACAUGCGGGCAAUGCUUUCAGGCCAGACUGGCGAAGAUUUAGUACGUGAUAUCCCUGGUGACUGACCGAUGGAUAGCCACUGAUCUUGAAUCAAUCUCGAUCCUAUG